UUAAAUCCAGGAGGUUUCGAGGAACUGAAGAGAACAGACACACAAAAACUAAAUGUACAAUUAAACCUCAUUAUUAUUAUUAUCCUCACCAUGCAGCAGAAUAAAGAGAACAGGAAGCCCAGAGCUGUUAAUACACAGGCUGCAGGUGUUGGUCCACUCAGAGUUGGGAUGAAUCCGACAGAUAUACAUGCGGUAACAGGUCCCGGGAGAGUUCCAGUGAAGUCAAACUCAAAAAGAUUGUGCAUCAAAGACUUCGACAUCGGCCGUCCGCUGGGAAAGGGCAAGUUUGGGAACGUGUACCUGGCGAGAGAACGCAAGCUGAAGGUGAUCGUGGCGCUGAAGGUGCUCUUCAAAUCGCAGAUGGAGAAAGAAGGCGUAGAACAUCAACUGAGGAGAGAAAUUGAGAUCCAGUCUCACCUCAAGCAUCCAAAUAUCUUGCGCUUCUAUAAUUAUUUCCAUGACGACGCGCGUGUGUUUCUCAUUCUGGAGUACGCUCCCCGCGGCGAGAUGUACAAAGAGCUUCAGCGCUGUGGACGAUUUGAUGACCAACGCACUGCCACUUACAUGGAGGAGUUGGCUGAUGCUCUUCAGUACUGUCACGAGAAGAAAGUGAUUCACAGAGACAUUAAACCAGAAAACCUGCUGCUGGGCUUCAGAGGAGAACUCAAGAUCGCUGACUUUGGUUGGUCUGUCCAUGCACCAUCACUACGACGGCGUACGAUGUGUGGGACGCUGGACUAUCUGCCUCCAGAGAUGAUCGAAGGUCACACUCACGAUGAGAAGGUGGAUCUGUGGUGUAUCGGCGUUCUGUGUUACGAGUGUUUGGUGGGAAACCCUCCGUUUGAGACGGCCAGCCACACAGAAACGUACAAGCGCAUCACUAAGGUUGAUCUUCAGUUUCCUAAAGUGGUGUCUGAUGGUGCUCGAGAUCUGAUCUCAAAGCUGCUGCGUCACAGUCCGUCCAUGCGUCUGCCGCUCCGCAGCGUGAUGGAGCAUCCGUGGGUCAAAUCAAACUCCCGCAGAGUUCUGCCGCCCGUCUGCAACCCGCAGGUGCCCGCAAACCACUGACAGAAACCAGACCACAUGAUCAAAGAUAGCUGGAGAUGUUCUGGUUUGUGGGAGCUGAUAUCUGACAUCUGCUCAUGAGGGAAAUAUAAGGAGACAUCAAGCAUUCGUUCUUUCCUGUUGAUUCUUUGAAAGCUUCACCUGAUUACGGUGUUUCUGUAUUGUCUCUUCUGAAUGUGUAUUUCAUGCUUUUAAAUA